CGCGUGAGUGUGGCCGGAAGCAGAGAAGCGGGCUUCUUCCUCCGCCGCAGUAGGCUGCUUGGUGACGGGUGGGCAGCUCAAGUUUGUUGAGCAGAAGAAUACAAACAACAUCCGGAAUAAGUUGGAGUCGGCGAAGCAAGCGGCGAUUAUAGUGGUGACUUUAACGAGGGGGUGAAACAUUAUCUCCGUCUUCAUCUUCUUGCUCUAUCACGCUUGUCUUCGUUUGCGGGACUGCGGAGGGCUCAUACAGCCCGGCACACCACUAGAGCAACGAUGGAGUCAGAGGCUAAGGAAGCGCGCGUCUACUCGCGCUUCAUGAAGGCGCAUCGCUGCUAUGACCUAGUGCCCACCAGCUCCAAGCUCGUCGUCUUCGACACGUCCCUGCAGGUCAAGAAAGCCUUCUUCGCGCUUGUGUCGAACGGCGUGCGGGCUGCGCCGCUAUGGGAUAGCAAGAAGCAGAGCUUCGUGGGUAUGCUGACGAUCACGGAUUUCAUCAACAUCCUGCACCGUUACUACAAAUCCCCGCUGGUUCAGAUCUAUGAACUGGAGGAGCACAAGAUUGAAACCUGGAGAGAGCUGUACCUACAAGACUCCUCCAAGCCUCUUGUCAGCAUCUCGCCUAACGCAAGCCUCUACGAUGCUGUGUCGUCCCUAAUUAAGAACAAGAUUCAUCGCUUGCCUGUAAUCGACCCUCUGACGGGGAACACCCUGUACAUCCUCACGCACAAGCGCAUCCUGAAGUUUCUCAAACUCUUUAUCUCCGAGAUGCCUAAGCCAGAGUUUAUGAAGAAGACACUCGAAGAGCUCAACAUUGGCACCUUUGACAAGAUUGCGGUGGUGAAUGCCAAAACCCCCCUUUACACAGCACUGGGCAUCUUUGUGGAACAACGCGUGUCGGCUCUCCCCGUAGUAGACGAGUCUGGACGAGUGGUGGAUAUUUACUCUAAAUUUGAUGUCAUUAAUCUGGCUGCAGAGAAGACCUACAACAACCUGGACAUAACGGUGACUAAAGCUCUUCAGCAUCGCUCGCAGUACUUUGAAGGUGUCCUCAAGUGUUACCGCCAUGAAACAUUGGAGACUAUCAUUGGCCGCCUUGUAGAGGCAGAGGUGCACAGGCUGGUGGUGGUUGAUGAACACGAAGUUGUGAAGGGUAUCGUCUCCCUGUCGGACAUCCUUCAAGCCCUUGUUCUCACAGCUGGAGGAGAGAAGAGUGAUUGAGCCAUCGUGCUUUGCUUCCUUGUAGGAUAAAUUAGGAUGCCUUUGACUUGUGGACCCUGCAUCCUGUCUGCCUGUCCUGCUGCUAGAGCUGCAGAAACAUCUCCAAACCCAUCAUAACUUGGAUUUUUCCAAUGACCCUUUGUUGAAAAGAAACCACAUGCCCCUCUUUGAGUCCUGACAUUCUCAUGUUAGCAUGCAGCAGCUCCAUUGGCAGAACAGGAUUAUUGGGCACAUUCACGGUUUUCAGUGUCAGGUUGGCACUUUGAAGGGGGGUGCCUUGGUUUGGAAACCAAGGUAUAAAGAGCAGAACAAUCCACCUGUUUGGCAAGACUUGGGCAUGUUGGACAUUCUUCAGAUACGAUUUUGACCUGUUGAGCCUGCAAGUGCUUGCUCUUCAAGUUCUGAUGUGGACUGCCCAGGCUGCUUUUCUGGAGUGGGUCAAAAAGGUGAGCCUUUCUGAGGCUGUGAUUGUUUUCCUAAAGUGUUAAACCAAAGUCGUUGCCAAUCGACGCCACCGCGAUUUCAUAAUUGGCUGUCCCUUUUCCUGUUCAAUUUUGGAAUGCCCGGCCCUGCCAUGAUUCAGGCCCCAAAUGCUAAACUGACGCCAGCCUGCUGCAUGGUUUGCUUUUCUACGUUUUUUUUUUUUUGAGCUGGUAAAUGGCUGGCGUGAUGUGCAUACUGUAUGUCUCGUGAAGACAUCCCGCUUGGGCAGUGAUUGAUGGUUGGUGCUAGCAAAAGCCCAAGAGACAUUCGGGCAGGUGGGCCCGAGUGCAUGUGUCCAUCAAAGGGCUACAGGUGAGUGCCAUGGAGUUCUGACUGGCACGGUAGUCUUGGUGUAUUUACAUCUGCUGAAUUAAAAGCACAUUGCAGCUGAGCUGCCUCUUGUGAGGAUGAGGUGCUAAGUGCCCUUCAUCUUAUGGUGACAUUUUACUAUAAAGCGUGAGCACACAUGACAAGGCCUGAUGCCCAGAUUGUCAUCAAUGUUUUGGUGGGCGGUAAAAGCGUUUUGUUUUUUGUUGUUGUUUUUCCCCUUCUGUCUUUCCUCUCUCUCUAAAUAUGUCUUCCAAGCAAACAUUUCUGCUCGUGUUUGAAAGAUUUUAAAAUAGAAGAGUCGCACGUGUUUCAAGAUUUCACAGCACUGAACACCAAUCACAACCCCGCAGCCGGUGGGAUUGUACCAGUCGUAUACAGAGAAAUGAAAAGACGUCAUCUACGCUCACCGGCCACUUUAUUAGGUACACCUUGCCAGACGGCGGUGGACCCCGUUUUUUGGCUUAAGGACUAUCGUAGUUCUUGGUGGCAUCGAUUCAGCAAGGUGCUGGAAAACAUUCCUCAGGGGUUUUGCCCCAUGUUGACAUCACACAGUUGCUGCUGCUUGUGUCUCCUACACAUCGAUGAUGCGGAUCUCCCAUUCCUCCAAAUCCCAAAGGUGUGCGCCAUAGGAGUGAGAUUAGGUGACUGUGGAGGCCAGUGAACUCCCCGGCAUGUUCAAGAAAUCAGUUUGAGAUGAUCUGAACUUUGUCACGUGGCAUGUUAUCAGGCUGGAAGGAGCCAUCAGAAGAUGGUGGUCAUAAAGGGAUGGACAUGGUCAGUAGUAGCACUCGGGUAGGCCGUGGCAUUUAAACAAUGCUCAGUUGGUACUGAAAAGGUCCCAAAGUGUGCCGUGAAAAUAUCCACCGCUGAGCCAAGGCAGGAUGGAUCCCAGCUUUCAUGUUGUUGACCCCACCAUCCGAAUAUCACAGCAGAAAUCGAGACGCAGCAGACCAGGCAACAUUUUUCCAAUCUUGGGUGAGCCGUGUGAAUUGUCGCCUCGGUUGCCUGUUCUUAGCUGACAGGAGUGCCACCCGCUGUGGUCUCCUGCUGCUGUAGCCCCCCAUCUGCUUCAAGGGUCAACGUGUUGUGUGUGCAGAGAUGCUCUUCUCGCGUGUGACAAGUGAUUAUUUGAGUUCCUGUUGCCUUUCUAUAAGCUUGAACCAGUCUGGCCAUUCUCCCCUGGCAUCAAUGAGGCAUUUUCACCCAGGGAGCUGCCGCUGACUGAUAUUUUCCCUUUUCCAGACCAUUCACUGGUUGUGUGUGAAAAUCCCAGUAGAUCAGCAGUCUGUCUGGCACUAAUGCCCAUGCCGCGCUCAAAGUCACUUCAGUUUCCUUUCCUUUUCCUGCCUUUCAGCAGGUCUUCUCCAUGAUGGCUGAAGGCCGAGUUGCUGCCAUGUGAUUGGCUGGUUAGAUAUUUGUGGUAACAAGCUGGUGUACCUAAUAAAGUGGCCGGUGAGCGUAUAAACCGUCAUUAGGCAGUCGCAAGGAGGACUGCAAUGUUGCAAAUAAGACUUCAAGAAGGCAGACACAAUGAAUCCUGGGACCUACAGACCAAUAAAUCUUUCUUCUGUGUCAUUAAGAAUUCUGGGAA